UCUUCUACUCGGGUACUCCUUGGUCGACGGUGCUACCUGUAGUGUAUAUACCGGUACCGGUACCUACCACUCCCCCUACCACUCCCUCUCCCCCUCCCCAACCACCACUACAUUCCACACUACUUGAGCACGAGUACUACAUUACAAAAUGACCCAACCCUACACCGCCACAACAGAAUCCCACAAAACCUCCAUGCUCUCCCGGAAAUUCGGUCAGGAGAUAAUAAACUACUUCUCCGGCAGCCCGCUUAACCGUGUCUCCUUCCUUCGCUCAAGCACCGCAUUCCUGCGCGCCGCGCUGCCGCGGUCCAAGUUCCUACUGAUGCGGGACUUGGAGCCGCUCGCGGCGAGCAAGACCACGCUUGCGUGGGUGGGGUACGAGACUGUGCGCGAGCUCGUAGGGAACCCGUUUGACACGGAGGAGGAAGAGUUUUUGAGGGGCUAUGAUUCUAGGGUUGAGAUUCCAACGUUGGUAUUUUUGGGGAUGAAUGAGGAGGGGACGGGUGGUGGUGGUGGUGGGGAGAGCUUUGAGUUUGAAGGGGAGGGCGGAAAAUAUGUUGGAGGGCCGUGCUUCGCUUUGGAUGUUACGGAAAAAGGGAGUUUGAAGGAGGAGUGUGAGAAGGUGCAGGAGGAGGCAGUGAAGGGGGCGGAAGGAAGAGAGUUUAGGAAAGUUAGAUUGGAUUUGAGCCUUGUCCCUUCGGAUGCGGCGAUACUAGCCCAAGCAAGAAGUCUCCUAGACUGGAAUAAUCGCAAUCAGUUCUGUUCAGCCUGCGGCGCCCGGACUGUCUCCGUCCACGCCGGAACCAAACGCAUCUGCCCACCCUCCGACAAGGCAUUCCAAAAGGAUCCCGAAGGCCCACCAUUCGAGCGACCACCCUGCAUCUCCCGAAAGGGCAUCCACAACAUCGCAUUCCCGCGCACCGACCCGACCGUAAUAAUGGCCAUCAUAAACUCCACCGGCGACAAAGUCCUCUUAGGCCGUCAACGCCGCUGGCCAAAAGACUUUUAUUCCACCCUCGCCGGCUUCUGCGAGCCCGCCGAGUCAGUAGAAGAUGCCGUGCGUCGCGAGACCUGGGAAGAAUCUGGCGUGCGUGUGGGCCGCGUGGUAAUCCACAGCACGCAACCAUGGCCGUACCCGGCGAAUCUGAUGAUGGGUGCGAUCGGUGAGGCGCUCCCGGGUGGGGAGGAGAUUGUCUUGAAGCAUGAUCCUGAGUUAGAGGAUGCUCAGUGGGUGGAGGUUGGGCGGGUUAGGAACGCGCUCCAGGAGAGCACUGGAACGCCGGAUGUGGAGGUUGAAGGGGCUAUUGAGGGACAGUUACGACUUCCGCCAUCGACUGCUAUCGCGCAUCAAUUGCUUCUUGCGGUGGUCAAUGGGUUUCAUCUGGCAAAGCUUUAG